CCUCGCGCAGCUGAGAGUGAGUGAGUGUGGAGGGACAUGAUAUCGACUGUCAGUGCUGCUCUUCCCCGCACACAACAUGGGCUCCACCGCCCAUACCACCAAAACCAGAGCUCGAGCAUCACCGCAAUGCACCGGACUCGGUUCUGUGUCGUGGAUCGCGUGUAUUGUUGAGAUUUCUGAGGUGUAAAAUGUGGGUGAUGGUGCUGUGGACAAGAUGGCAGCAGUAUGAGACACACACAUCUACAUGCUGUGAGUUCAGUUGAAGUGUGUAAAAUGAUCGGAGAAGACCUGGAUUAUAUCUAUUGUUACUUCGUGUGAAAGGUAUGGCCUCACAAGUCUUGGUCUACCCACCACAUGUUUUUCAAACUCAGACAAGUGCCUUUUGUAGUGUGAAGAAACUCAAAGUCGAGCCCAGGAACUGUGUUUACCAUGAGAGGGCCUACCCACAGACUUACUUGAAUGGUAGAACCGUUGGCAUUGCUUACCCGACAAAACUCACCGCUUCGUUGAAGACACAAGAUUCUGUGAUUAGCAGACACCACGGGCAGGAUUUUCUUUUGCAGACGGCUACUGUACACGGCGUGCGACGUCAGCAUACAACCACAGCAACCCAGCAGCAAAAAGGGGGCAUCUCCUCUCAGGAAAAGGGGCCAGAGCACAAGGACAAAGGAAGGGGUUGCAGCAGUGGAGCUACAGGGGCAGUUGGAAGGGGUAGGGGAGAGGGAAGCGGCAGUCAAGAAGGAGGUGGAGGACAGGGUGGAGGUGACAGUAAAGGUGGUGGAGGAGAGGACAAGGGUGAACGGAAAGACUGUGGAGGUUUUAACUUGCAAGACAGCUCCCACAGAUGCGGGCUGAAACGUAAGAGUGGGGAGCUUGAGAACUUGGGGAGCGCCAUGCAGAUAGUAGAGGACCUGUCAAUGUUACCUGCAAUGUUGCAAUCAAACGUGGGAAACCCACCGGUUGCAGUGCCAGCGGCGGCCGGUGGAGGGCCUUCAAAGCAAGGUGGAAAUUCCAGAAAUGGGGAUGGAGACUACCAGUUGGUGCAGCAUGAGUUGCUUUGCUCGUUGAAGAACACCUAUGAGGUAUUAGACUUCCUCGGCCGUGGUACUUUCGGCCAGGUUGUGAAAUGCUGGAAACGAGGCACCAGUGAUAUUGUGGCAGUGAAGAUCCUGAAGAAUCAUCCAUCAUAUGCACGACAGGGACAGAUUGAGGUGGGGAUCCUGGCUCGCCUCAGCAGUGAGAAUGCAGACGAGCAUAAUCUUGUGCGAGCUUUCGAGUGUUUCCAGCACCGCAGCCACACCUGCCUUGUGUUUGAGAUGCUGGAGCAGAACCUGUACGACUUCCUCAAGCAAAACAAAUUUAGCCCGCUACCUCUGAAGGUAAUCCGUCCCAUUCUUCAGCAGGUGGCCAUGGCACUAAAAAAAUUGAAGGCCAUGGGACUGAUUCACGCGGACCUAAAGCCUGAGAACAUAAUGCUGGUGGACCCUGUACGCCAGCCCUACCGAGUGAAAGUCAUAGACUUUGGCUCAGCCAGUCACGUCUCCAAAGCAGUCUGCUCAACGUACCUCCAGUCACGGUACUACAGGGCUCCUGAGAUUAUUCUUGGCCUGCCUUUUUGUGAAGCCAUAGACAUGUGGUCGCUGGGAUGUGUGAUUGCGGAGCUCUUCUUGGGCUGGCCCCUCUACCCAGGAGCCCUCGAGUUUGACCAGAUUCGCUACAUUUCUCAGACGCAGGGUAUGCCAGGAGAGCAUCUGUUAAAUGUGGGGACGAAGACCUCUCGCUUCUUUUGCCGGGAGUCAGACUCACCGUAUGCUGGCUGGAGACUUAAAUCCACAGAAGAGCAUGAGACCGAGACGGGGCUGAAAUCAAAAGAGGCCAGGAAGUACAUCUUCAGCUGUUUGGAUGACAUAGCGCAUGUGAAUCUAGUGAUGAAUCUGGAAGGCUGUGAUUUGUUGGCAGAGAAAGUUGAUCGUGCAGAGUUUGUGGGUUUGCUGAAGAAGAUGUUGUUGAUAGAUGCUGAGGAAAGAAUUGCCCCAAGUGACGCCCUUAGCCAUCCCUUUGUUACCAUGCAGCACAUACUAGACUUCCCCCACAGCAACCAUGUCAAAUCCUGUUUUCACAUCAUGGACGUGUGCUGCUCACGACCAGGCAGUUAUGAGUCCCUCAGCCGGACCAAGGCUCAGUUUGUCAGGACUGUCCCAAGCACUGGAGCAGCGCCCAACCUUACCCUGCCCUUCUGCAAGGUGACUGGCAUUCACACUCAGGCUUUAGGCUCAUCUGCCCCAUCAGUGAUGCAUCCUGGAAUCCCUCUCCAGACAGGAAGUGCACAGUUUGGUGACUCUUUCCAACAGGCGCUUAUUCUCUGUCCCCCAACCAUUCAAGGUCUCCCACCUAACCCAAAUAAGCCAGCGGGAUUCUCUGUGCGCAUGGAGAGCACAGUACCACUGGUGACACAAGCCUCUGCCAUCCAGCCUCUUCAGAUCAGACCAGGGGUCAUUACACAGCAGGCGUGGUCAAAUCGUCCUCAGCAAAUCCUGGUGCCCACCUGGCCUCAGGUGGCCCCUUCAGCAGCGACAUUGGCCUCAGACACAGUGGCAGGUCCGCAGAGACUAGCAGAAUGGGGGAAAGUUCAUUCCCAUGGCAACCAUUACAGCUCCAUGAUGCCCCACCAGCCGCUGUUAACAAACCCAAUGGCCAUGUCUGCUCACCAGCCUAUCAGCAUAGGGAUAGCUCAUGUGGUGUGGCCACAGCCAGCUGCUAACAAGAGAAAUAAACCAUCUUCAAACAGAAGUAACAACUUCAUGCACAGCACCAAUUCCCAAAACUCAUCAUGCCAGUCCCCAAAGAUGGUAGACGGUGCCAAAAACACAGAGGAAGAGGCAGCAGAAUGUGUAGUAGAGGUGGUGCCAGAGGAGGAGCCUACAUACUGUAAGGCGAAACAAGAGUACGAGGAAUCGACUGUGUCUCAGAAGCAGAGGCAGACCAUUGUGAUCGCUGACUCUCCCAGUCCUGCUGGCAGCGUCAUCAGUAUCAGCAGUGGUACAGAUGAGGAGGGGCCGGACUCUCAGAAACAUUCACUAGAGUGUAAAGGUAGUCCGGAGUGUGAGGCAUGUAAGAGCACCCUCAAUAUGGAGCGGGUUUGUUCCCUGAGCAGUCCCGAUUCAACCCUUAGUACCAGUUCAUCAGCUUCAGAGCAGUCCAGCUCCUCCCCCUGCAAGAGACCCAACAGUAUGUCAGAUGAUGAGCGCGAAAGUGGAUGUGAUACGGUGGAUGGCUCGCCUGCGUCGGUGUCCUCCAGUCGAGCUGACAGCCCCUUCCUGGAGGCCACCUAUAUUAAUGACAACAACCAGAACUGCAAAGCCAAUAGAACUACAGAGACCGAGUCUGCCAAGCUGCCCAUCCGCACCAUGGUGGUGCCGCCCAUGCGGGUUCAGAAUAAUGAGCUGAUGGGCCGCAAAGUUAUAGAGCCAUCAUGCCCACCCAAAGGCCGCAGUGGUUCCAACAGACAGCCGCCCUACUCAACAUUACUGGUGAACCACCAACGGAAGACCACACAGGCUUUCCCACCCCUGCAGCACUCUCAACACCAGCUCUCCUUUGGACAGGUCCAGCAUUAUGGCUCAUCCCACCAGGAGUGGAACGGCAACUACAGCCACCGCCGCCCUCAAGCAUUCAUCCCGCCCACCGUACAUGGCCACACCUUCACUCUGCCUCAUGCUAGUCCCACCCACACAGCCCACCCUCCUCAAUCACACCUGGGCAUCCACCCUCACACCCAGCCAACUUUACUGUCCUACCCCCCUUCAGGCCCCCUGGUGACAAAUGCCCCCAUGGCCCACCUCUUGGCUUCACCUGGGUCCACACGGAAUCACGUCUUUCAAACGGCAUAUGGCCUCUCCCAUCCGGCAGGCCACCUCGUGCACCAGGUCACUGUGGGGCUCAACCGCCUCUUGCCCUCACCCACCCUCCACCCUCAAGGCCAAUUCAAGCCCCUGUUCCCGCCACACUCCUUCAUCGCAUCACCCGCAUACGCAGGCUUCCCCCUCAGUCCCACCAAACUAAACCAAUACCCAUACAUCUAGAGACUCGCUCUGCAACCCUAUGGCAGGCGUGGUGCCAGGCUCUCUGUAGAAACCACCCGAAGCCAUGGCACAAGAAAGAAAGGAAGCAGUUUCUCUGAAUCACACAGACUUCAGUGCAAUUAAAAUUAGCUUUAAAAAGGAAACGUUUGGAAAGUCUUUAGCAUGUAGAUAAAGAAUGUGCACGGUUGAGAAGCAAGAGAUUGGAUAAAUAAGAAAAAAAACUGUUUUGCACAUUUGAUUACCUUAUCGGAUUUUCAGAUCUUCAGAUUUGAACGCUCCUCUAAUGAAUAUCAACAAUGGAUGGUGUCCAAAAUCAUGUGAUCGUCAACUUAUUUUUAUACAUUGCCUUUACCUUGUAUACAACACAUCUUUGUUUGUAAAGACAGCCCAGUGUGGUGUUCACAACUGAUGAAAUGUGUCCACUUGCCGUGUUUUCUUGCGUUCCAAGUAUUUGUACUUUUCUCGGUGUCUUUGGUGUCGUUUGGAAUGGAGUCUCCUAAAAGAGUCGUUCAUCACAUUCUGCAUGUGUUGCAUGAUGUUGAUCAGAGAGAAGCCUAUAGGGGCUCUUUGUGUCGAGAGGCUCGCUGCAUUGUUGUCCCCAGCCAUAGUGCCUUAUAUAUAUCGGCAGUUGUUUGUUCUACUACACUCUCUCUGUGUGUAUACAAUGUGUUUGUGUGUGUACGUGUCCUGGACUGCAGCACUUGCAAUUCGAAUCAGUCCAUGCAUUCUUUUUGUGUGAGUGUGUGUGUGUGUGUAAUGUAUAUACACACUGGUGUUUUAUUUCAUGCAUAGAUAGGCAUCAAUGUACUGCAUUGCACAAACUGCAGUGCUUAUUUUUGGAUCCAAUGUAUAUUUGAGAUGUAGUGAGUUACUUUUCGUUACUUCAUAGGAGAACAGCCAGCUUUUGCUGCUGCGAAUGCUUGCUGUUGAUUUUGUUGUUUUGAUCAAAUUUUUGUUGUUGUUGUUAUCUUGAAUUUAUUAGUUGUGUAGAGAAUUCUUUGAAUUUCUAUUGAGAAAAGUCUACAAAUCUAACAGUAUUUGUACUGUUUAGUAAAACUGCAAUACAAUCUAUAUAGUUAAAGGUUUGUUUUUCUUUUUGUCUGUGUAUUUAGUUCUUCGGGUUUGUGUGUGUUUGUGUUUUGUGUGGUGGGCAUGGCUUCGACUAGAUGAAGACACAAAUGCAACUAUCGGUCUUUGAUUCAGGGUCAUGGAUUCAUCUUAGCCUGAGCAGACCAUGCAGUAUUUGAUGUAUAGACACAUAUGAGUAUAUAUAUAUACAUAUAAUAGAGCUAGUAUUUUUAGUGCUGAAGCUUGACACGGUUUAAGGUGUGAAAUUAUCAUUUAUGCAUGUGUGAAUUGAUUUUUUUUUCUUAAUUAUACCAUUAUAUCAUAUGUUGAAAGCUUGUUGGUGUCAACUGCAUUUUAUACAUUCCGUCAGGGAGAAUAAAUAUAUUGUGUGUUUAUAU